GGUAGUUUAAAAUUAUGGACAUCGGAAACUUCCUUGAGCGAGUUCGAGUUGUAAUGGGAUCGAUUAAUAGAUCACUAGAAGUGUCACAGACACAAGAUGCAUUAGACAGCGCCAUUGUCCGGUUGGACGCGUUGAUUAGAAACGUCAACAGAAUGACUGUAGCUUAUCCCGGAUGUGCAAAUAUUUUGACCGACUUGUCAGAAGCCUUGGAAGUAGUUCAAGAGUUAAAAAGAUCUGCUGAGGAUGACAGUCAGACCAGACCCGAGGUUCAGCAUGGUGAAACUGGAAGGCCACGAUAUGUUGUCUCAAGGGAUCAGCUUGAGCUACUUCUUGAUCUACAUUUUACAAACAAAGAGAUAGCAGACCUUGUCAAUAUCAGUGUGUCCAGUGUGAAAAGAAGACUGAGACAAUACAAUUUGAGUAGGAAGGACAGAUUUUGCAAUAUAUCUAAUGACGAGCUCGAUGAGAGAGUAAAAAAUAUUACAGAAGGAAACCCCAUGCUUGGUCAGAGAAAUGUGAUGGGCCAGCUUUUAGCAGAUGGUAUACAUGUUCAAAGAGACAGGGUGGCAGAAGCAUUAUUGAGGGUUGACCCUGCAGCUGUGGCAAUGAGAUGGAGUCAGACUAUCUGCAGAAGAACAUAUUCUGUACCAGGUCCAAAUGCACUUUGGCAUAUAGAUGGCAAUCACAAGCUUAUAAGAUGGGGUUUUGUCAUACACGGUGGCAUUGAUGGUUUUAGCCGUACAGUGGUGUUCCUAGAUGCAGCCACAAAUAACAGGGCAACAACAGUAUUUCAAGAUUUUGUUGAAGCAACUAAUAAAUAUGGAGUGCCAUCUCGGGUACGCUGUGACCAUGGGGGAGAAAAUAUUGAGGUUGCUAUGUUUAUGAACACAUACCGUGGCCCCAGUCGUGGAAGUUGCAUCACUGGCAGAUCUGUACACAACCAGCGCAUUGAACGUUUCUGGCGUGACUUGUACCAAGGCUGUACGUGUUUUUACCGAGAACUCUUUUCACACUUAGAGAGGGAAGGUGCACUCAAUCUUGAAAAUGAGCUGCAUAUGUGGUGUCUCCAGUUCAUUUUCUUACCUCGCCUCAACAGAGAUUUGAAAAAGUUUCAGGCUGGAUGGAAUAAUCACCGCCUAAGAACAGAGCAUGGCAGAACUCCACACCAGCUGUAUGUCAAAGGCAUAUUGGAACACAGGGGCACUGGGCAGACAGGAGUCGAUGACCUCUUCUUCGAACCUGUUGUCACGCAGGAAGCCUUACCUGAUGAUUUUGGUGUCGACUGGGAUGGUCCAGUUGCAGUUGAAGAUGGAGAGACAGUUAAUGUUACUAGUGUUGACUGUCCCUUGACUGCUGAAAAGCUAGAGCAGGCAAGGAGAUCAGUAAAUCCUUUAGCCAAUUCUACUGAUGGUAUUGACUUAUACAUUAGGCUUUUGGCAUUGUGUCUAGAAUAAAACUAGCAACAGCAUCAUGUAUUGUAAAAAUCAUUGUAAGUUGGUAGUUAAAAUAAGAGGAGAGUUUGGAUUGCUUUUUGUUAUUUACAAAAUGGCGCCAUUGAGUUUUAAGUUACGGUACUGUUAAUUAUGCAUCAAAUCCUUUAUACUUGGUAUUUCUGAGUUAAACUGCAACAGCAGUGAUGUGUCAUUUGCUUGGCUCUUUUUUAUGAGAGUGAAACCUGUUGAUUUAUUUUUGAUAUCUAUAUAUAAAGGAAAUGGAAAUUAAAUAAUUUCACAAGUGUAAAAUAAGUUAAGAAAUAAGAAUUAGAACUCGAGCUAACUUUUUUAGCAAGCCGGCUUGCAGAAGCGAAGACAUAGUUGUCCAAAUGGCUGUUCGGUGUAUGUGGGUGUGUGUGUACGUCCAGAUUUGUUCGUCCGGACUAUAACUGACAUGCAUGGAGCAAUCUCGUUUAUAUUUGGCAUAAAUGUUAACCUCAGUGAGACGGAGUGUCAUGCGCAAAUCGCAGGUGCCUAUCUCAUAGGUCAAGGUCACACUUGGGAAGUCAAAGGUUAAAUUCAAUAAUGACUGACCGGAGCAUUUCUUCUUCAUGCAUGGAAGGAUUUUGAUGUUACUUGGCACAUGUUCACAACUAUGUGACGGAAUGUCAUACACAAAAACCAGGACCCUAGGUCUAAGGUCAAGGUCACACUUAGAGGGCAAAGGUCAGAUACAAGAAUGACUUUGUCUGGAGCAUUUCUUUUUCAUGCAUGGAGGGAUUUUGAUGUAACAUGGCACAGUUGUUCACCAUCAUGAGACGGAGUGUCAUGUGCAAGAACCUAGAAUUACUUCUCUUCGUUGUUACUAUAAAUAGCUCAUAUUGUAACUUUUUAGCUCACCUAGGAAAAUCUUUAAAAAUCAUCUUCUCAAAAACCAGAAGCCCUAGAGCUUAGAUAUUUGACAUGUAGCAUUGCCUAGUGGACCUCUACUAACAUUGUUCAACUCAUGACCCCGGGGUCAAAAUUAACCCCACCCCAAGGGUCAGUUGAUUUUACAUAGGAAAAUCUUCAAAAAAUUUCUAAAAAUAAACCAGAAGGCCUAGGGCUUAGAUAUUUCACAUGUAGCAUUGCCUACUGGACCUCUACAAAAUUUGUUCAAAUCAUGACUUCCGGGAUCAAAAUUAACCCCACCCCAAGGGUCAGUUGAUUUUACAUAGGAAAAUUUUGAAAAAUUUUCUAAAAAUAAAACAGAAGGCCUAGAGUUUAGAUAUUUGACCUGUGGCAUUGCCUAGUGAACCUCUACAAAAUUUGUUCAAAUCAUGACCCCCCUGGAUAAAAUUGGCCCCGCCCCAGGGGUUACUUGAUUGUACAUCAGAAAAUUUUCCAAAAAAUGUGCAUAAUACUUGAACCCACUGUACAUAAUGUAGGUGACACUGUGGAUUACUGAUCCUAAAUAAGUUGAGACUAUAUAAAGAUGGCAAACUGCAUUGAUCAUACCUCUCGAUUGUUUAGGGAUAAUAAUGAACUGAAAUGUUUUUGAAUACAUUGAACUAAUUUGGAAUUUUAUCUAGAUGAAGUGAAGCAAGCACAUUAGAUAAUCACUUACAAUGGUGUCAUACUGUUCCUCCAGUUAUCAAUUACAGGUGGUUACAAUUACUGUAUUAAAUUACUCCAAGUCUGUCCUUAUGUGACCCUCCAUUGGUAAGGGAAGAAUCCAUUGGUAUUACCAAUUGCCUUGUUUCUCCCCCGCCAAAGGCGAAGGGGAUAUUAGAAAUGCUCUCUGUCCGUGCGUGUGUCCGCAACGAUCUUUGUCCGGAGCAUAACUCCAAAAGUACUGGAGGGAUUUCCUUCAAACUUCAUACACUGAUAGAACACAUUGGGAGGAAGUGCAGUUUGCAAGAACAGUAACUCUACCUUGCCUAUUUUUUGAGUUUUUUUGAUGCAAGGUGCAUAACUUUGGCACCAAUUUUUCAUUAAUUAUUCCCCCUUUUUACUUAGAAUUUUAGGUUAAAGUUUUGAUGCACUUUCACUCUGUCUCUGUUAUUACUGAAUGGAUUUGAUUCAAACUUAAAAUAGUUGUUCAACAUCAUAACCCACACUAUAUGACACAAGCUGCAUAACUUUGGCACCAAUUUUUCAUUAAUUAUUCCCCCUUUUUACUUAGAAUUUUAGGUUAAAGUUUUGAUGCACUUUCACUCUGUCUCUGUUAUUACUGAAUGGAUUUGAUUCAAACUUAAAAUAGUUGUUCAACAUCAUAACCCACACUAUAUGACACAAGCUGCAUAACUCUGUCACCAAUAUUUAAUGAAUUAUGCCCCUUUUGCGUAAGAUAUACUUAUAUAGUGUUUUGAUACAUUUUAUCUUUACCUCUCUUAUUACUUUAAGUUGAUAUUUUUGACAUAAACUCAGGCUAUUGUGCAAUAUCUUCAUCCACAAUUGGAGUCAUUAAACACUCCAGUGACAGCUCUUAGUUUCCUCAGAUGUGCCCAGUUUCACUAUCCAGCAUCGAAAUAGUCGAGCGCGCUGUCUCCUGUGACAGCUCUUGUUAUCUAAAUGAAUACACCUUAGCAGCUUCUAAUGAGAUUGGUUUAAAACGAACAUAUAAUUUUGAGCAAUGGUACUCAGGUGAGCGAGACAGGGCCAUCAUGGCCCUCUUGUUUGAGUUAUUCCCCUUUAUCAUAUUUUCUUAAAAAAAUUUUGUCCAGAGCAUAUCUUCUACAUGCCUGGAGGGAUUUUGAUAUAUCUUGGCACAAAUGUUCACCACCACGAGGCGGAGUGUUGUGCGCAAGAACCAGGUCCCUAGGUCUAAGGUCAAGGUCACAGAGGUCAAAGGAUACAAGAAUGAAAACCUUGUCCGGAGAAUAUCUUCUUCAUGUAUAGAGGGAUUUUGAUAUAACUUGGCACAAAUGUUCACCACCACGAGACGAAGUGUCUUGUGCAAGAUCUAGGUCUAAGGUCAAGGUCACACUCGGAGGCCAAAGGUCAGAUACAAGAAUGACUUUGUCAGAAGCAUUUCUUCUUCAUGCAUGGAGAGAUUUUGAUGUAACUUGGCACAAUUAUACACCAUCAUGAGACGAAGUGUCAUGCGCAGAAUUACCUACCUUUGUUGUAACUUUAAAAGCUUUUAUUGUAACUUUUUCAUUACUAGUCAUAGGAAAAAAUCGAGACCACUUUUCUGUAGUACAACGUGCAUGCUACAUCCAGUUUUGAGGUGUUUUUUUUACCAAUCUCUACCUGGUUAAUAUUUUUGUGUGGACUUUCAAUUUUUUUUUUAAAUUAUGAACAUAGGGAAAAAACAAGUUCACUUUUCUGUGGUACAACAUAGAUGUUACUUUCCAAUUUUAGGUGUAUUUUAAGGACUCUACCUUGUAAGGAGUUUUUUUAUGGACUUAGAAAAACAAAAGACUUAGAAUGAUUACUAAACAACCACAAAAUUAAAAUUCCAUUUGCAAAUACAGCUGCUAGAGUAAAGAAAUUUGCUGUGACGGGCGUAUAUUGUGACAUUCUGGGACUCUUGUUCCCUGUUAGCUUUCCAUUCCUUCUUUUUACAGUAGCCGUAUAGAAAAACAUCAUAGCUAUACUGUUCAUGAAAAUUAAUAAAAUUUAGCAGUAAACCACCUCACUACUGACUUAUUCUUUCUUUCACAUCUUUAAAACCCCUGAUGCGGCCACGACUAAACGGUUCUUCAAAGCUUUCCCCAAAAUUAAUACUUUCAGACACUAACUUGCCAGGAACUUUAGCCUUCAAUUAUAAUAUGCCCGGCUGGGGGAUUAGCCAUGUCUAACAUUGCUCUUGUUUAAGGAAGCAUGUCCCAUACAUUUUGUGUACCAAGAUAUUUUGUGUUGAAGUGUUCCAUCUUUCAGAUAUGAAAUGUAGCAAAACAGUAUUUUAAUAUUUAUAAUUAUACCUGUUUGUUCGAUCUGAAUAACACUCAUUAAAAAGAGAAGAAAUA